AUGGGGUGCCACAGUAACCUGCUGCUCUUUUGUACCAGGAGCCACCAGGAACAGGAACUUCCACUCUCAGACUGGUUUAACCCCAGGAGUCACUUUGAGGUCAUCACGACCACAGACUGGCUGGCCCCAGUCAUAUGGGAAGGCACCUUUGACAGAAAGGCCCUGGAGAAAUAUUACAGGAAGCAGAACGUCACCUUGGGCUUGGCUGUGUCUGCUGUUGUCAGUCUUACUGACCAGUACCUGGACCCAUUCUUGCAAUCGGCCAGCAAAUUCUUCACGCCUGGCUAUCGGGUAAUUGUCUACAUCAUGGUGGAUAAGUACCUGCAGCUACCAGAAAUGGAACACAACCCUCUGCAAUCCUUCCAAGUAUUCAUCACAGACAAGAAGAUGUGGAGCACCUACCUUAUGCGCAUGGAAAUCUUGUCUGAGCACAUUCAGGGCCAUGACAGGCAUGAAGUGGAUUUCCUCUUCAGCAUGGGCAGCAACAUGGUCUUCCAGAACAAAUUUGGAGUGGAUGCUAGCACAUCUGUGGCUCAGCUCCAUGCUUGGUGGUAUUUCUGAAAGAUGAUGCAUCUCCCCUAUGAGAGGAGACCUACAUCGGCAGCCUACGUUCCCUUUGGACUGGGUGACUUUUAUUGUGCUGGCGCCAUUAUAGGUGGAGUGCCCUUUUGAGUCUUGGACUUGGCUCAGCAAUGUUUGAAAGAUGUUAUUUUGGAUACAGAAAAUGGAGUUAACGGUACCUACGAAAAGUACCUCAACAAAUUUUUCGUCAACAAACCCACCAAGCUCCUAGCCCUAGAAUACAGCUGGGACCCCACCUUCAACAUCCCUCAGCAAAUGCAGUCUGUCAAGAUUGUUCAUUAUCCCAUGGACGACUUAUGA